AUGCGAGUAACCCGAAGCAUUCACAGCAGAUCAUCCUCUACAAUAGACCGGGAGUCUUAUACAAAUAACUCGAGUAAAGUAUUACCAACAACAUUAAUAGAUACUGCAACUUCUUCCGUGUUUCCAGACACCACUUUGAACACAAACGCAGCUUUGAAUAACACAGAUUUGGAAACAGCAGUAACUGCCUCGUUUCAACCAACUUCUGUGAUUUCUAAGACAGCUGCGAUGACAGUCACUACUUCUACUUCAACUACCACUAGACAAUCCGAUAAAAAAGUUAAAAAACACGGCUUUCUAUCUUCUCUAUUAGCUAACGACGGUGCUUCGCAUUCGAUAUCUUCUGGUACAGAGAUGGCAAAGAAAAAAACCACCGGAAUAACGGAAUCAAGUACAAAAUAUAAAUUAUUUAAGCCUUGGGGAAAUUCUCAAGACUCAGAAUAUAAAACAAUAGAAAAAGCUUAUGUAAAAUUUCAAUCGAAAGAUCGGAGCAAAGUAGAUAUCCUCAAGACAAUAGUAAAUCCCUGGCUCAAAAAACAUAAUCUAGUAAAUGCAACCGAUAAAAGCCUACAACAAGGCCGUUUAGUCUUACUGAAAUGGAAUGAAUUCGAAGAUCUUGACCGAAUAGGGCCAAUUCCUCCGGAUGCUGAAGAUUCUUACAUGGGUGUCCCAAUAGAUACUAUAAUGAAAUACCGUUCUUCUUUGAUGACAACUUUGCAUUACGCAAUUGAUAGAUUGAAUCAAAAGGGUGUAUAUUCUAAUGUAAUCUCAUUCUGCGCACGGGUUUUAGGUUUUGCAUUGCUACAAGCAUUACCCGUAUGCAAAUCUCAUAUUAGGAGAAUAUUAAAGGAGACAGUCGGUGAAGAAGAUCCAAGUAUUGACCGCAUAUCAGAGCAAAAUGAUAAAAUCUCAACUUUAUUUCCGGAACAUUUAAAGAUUUUAUGUUUUUUGAAUCUGAGAACAUGGUUGCGGCAAUUUGAAAAUGCCAAACGUAUCUGGGGUGAUCCACCGAUAGAGAUGACUGGAAAUUGGAUACGUAGAUGGCAAAGCGAUGAUAGUGAAUUAUUUUUUUCGUUUUAUAAACACUAUCACAUAGUCCUUAAAUCUUAUAUCAUAUCAUAUCUUUCGACAUCGACUUCCCCAAAGUUAAUGACACCCCCAUUUCAAUAUAUUACCGCACCGGGUUACGUUCACCUAGCUUCCUUUUUUCUCCUCAAAAUCGAGUCACUUAUUCAUCGCAAUAUUCACACCAUUACUACUGUUAUUCAGUUUGAACAUGCAAGGAACACUAGCAAUUUUGCAAAUUCAACUCCUUCAGCCACAAGAAUUCCAGAUAUGAUGAAUCCAGAUGCAUCUGCUAUUGGAAUGGGGUCAUAUGCCGGAAUUGGGAUGGUUGGAAACUCCAUUAAUAAUGAAAUAGCAAAUGAUAGUGUAGCUUUAGAAGCAUCUAUGAAUGGAAUGGGAGGUGCCGCAGGUGUUAAUACUGGAAAGCCUAAAGUAUUAGAGAUGGCAGGGCGACGUUUCGUUGAAACAAUGGUAUCUAUCGUAGAAAACGGGAUUUUCCAGGAAAUGUGUAAUGUUUGGGUUAAGGCAGUAGUAAAAAGAACAAACUUGUAUGAUGUUGAAGGUGUUUUUUGUCUGUUGGAUUUCAUUGACACCUUAGUAAUGGAAUUGGAUACCAGGGACAAUGCUAUUAUUUCUUCAGAACCAACAACACCAAAUUCCGCCAAUACAUCUGUAUCCAGUGACUCAUCUAGUUCACCGUUUUCACCACCUAAUCUUACAAAUAUACUUGAUAUUACAUUUUAUAUUUCACUGAUUAAUCUUCUUCUUAAUCAAACAGAUCAUACUAUUACUAUUUUACGAACAAUAAGUUUUGUUUAUACUCAAUUUUCUCUCUUAACUUCUCAACCAGCUUAUUUAAAACAACUAGUUAAACAAAUACUUCUGGAUGAGGAGACAUUUGAAAGGAUGUUCUGCCACUGGUCCAGAAAUGUUAGAAUAUAUUUUAUGCGUUUGUUGAUAUGGAGAGUUGGGAGAAUUGGUAGUGAUUUUGGAAAAAGUGAUGAAUCUAAGGAUUCCAUUAGUGAUAGUGGAUUGAGUAAUGAAGAAGAUAUUGAUAUAUUGAUAACACUGCAAAAUCGUCUGGACAACACGAGGCAAUGUCAUGAGUUUUUAUCCAAUUAUGAUGGAAAUUUUGAAGAUAUCGAACAGGUGUUAAAAGCAAAAAUUGCCGAAUCCACAGAUGAUGUACCUGAUUUCAGCAAUAGUGAGGAAGAACAAUCUCAAACUCCAUCUAGUGAUAGAUCUUCUCUAUUGCAAUCUUCAUCGACAAUUAUCCCUGAGUCCAAAUCUUCAACUUCUUCAAAUAAAAGUCGCAAAAACAAAAAAAAGAUGACGUUAAAAGAUUUUAUCUCAUCACAAUCUUCGUCUGGAAAGGCCGCUUAUUUGUUUCGCCUGGUUUUUUCAAACGGAUCUAAUAAAAAUUCAAGUCAUAUCAAAUCAGGUUCUACAUCUUCGUCUGUUACGGAGGAUACAAUGACACGUGCAACCAAUAAACAACCUUUAAAUGCACUUGUAUGGCAUUAUUCACCACAUAGACAUAUAUAUGUUGAAAAAGCUAUUGCAGAGUAUGAGGCUGUCAGUCAAGAAUAUACUCAAUGGUGUACGCAGCUAGCAAACAUAGAAAGAGGUGUUUCUAAUAGUGGUGGUCUGAUGAGUUCCAAUUCGGCAUUUUCAAUAGUGGUCCGAUUUCCUAGCUUGGCGGUUGAAUAUCCAAAAUAUUUUGGAAAUGGGAUUGGAAAUUCUCCAAUAAUGUGA